UAUGGUUCACCAGAUAGGUCUAUUUUAGGCCAGUCUUUUCCCGAAAGACACACGAUGGUUCCUGGACAGAGCAUGAAAAUGGCGAAGACGCCGAGUUCCAGAUUAUCUUCAUCAGCACCUACCCACUUAGGUCUCGAACAAAUAUGGCAGCGACGAGAACCCCGUAAACACUUAUUAUCAACUAGUUCCUUGGUAGAAGCAGAAUCUGCUUCUUCUUUAUCGACCGGAGGGUUACUAAGUCCAGAUCCACCAGAUUUAUCCCAAGAUGAAGAGUCUGACGACGAUAGCGAUGCACAUUAUGAAGAUUUUUCUUCUGAUAAUGAUUCAGACGAUGAUGAAGAUCGCCAAACCAAACAUUCGAAUAGAAAGGAACGCUUCUUCUGGCAGUACAACGUUCAAGCCAAAGGUCCAAAGGGGCAACGCCUAGUAAUGAAAACCAAAAUGGAGGAUCCACAUCAUCUACAUGAAAUUACAGAUCCCGUUUUUAGCCCCGACUGUUCGGUAAGAGGUAUCAAACAUAGCGGAAAGGCUAGAAAAGGCGAUGGAAAUGAUUUAACGCCAAACGCACGAAAACUUUUUGUCAUCGGCAGAGAGCUAGACAAGUUAGGCAGAAUAAUUAAUGAUAUGACCCCCGUUAGCGAAUUACCUUUUAAUGUACGACCUACGUCGAGAAAGGAGAAGAAUAAGCUCGCAUCUAGAGCUUGCAGACUGAAGAAGAAGGCACAACAUGAAGCUAACAAAAUUAAGCUUAGUGGUUUGGAGUAUGAGCAUAAAAAGCUCCUUAACAGUAUUGGACACGCGAGACUCCUCUUGAAUGCAAAAUUAUCCGAACCGACUCCAGAAAGACAAGAAGAGUUCACGAAUAAUAUGGAAAGACUGUACAGAAAUUCCUCUAAGGUAAAAAUAGCUGGUCAUACAACGGACUAUGUCAACAAGGUUCUGGAGAAAUUCAAAAGUAAUGCACACACUACUACUACUCACGUUUCAGACGAUUGAUAGUCUUAAAAUAAGAUAAAAACCUGUUAACCAAAUCUCAUUGUGC